GGGCCGCCAGGCGUGCAGGGCCUGUAGGAAGGAAUCUCGGCCCUCUGGGAAGGGUGGCGGGCUCGGCGGCCUGCAUCCACAGCUGUGGCUCUGCUCCCAGCUGAUGCUCUGCGGGGAAGGGGUUACCAGCUAACAGGGACUCCGUCCUGCCUUCGGAAGGAGCGAACGUGCUGUCUGAGCGCACGUUUCUCAAGCACAGUGGGUCGGGGCACAGUGGGGAAGCAGAGGCAGUCCCUGCCCUGUUCGGGGGUCUGGUGGACACGGAGGCCAUGGACUGCGAGCCCGAGGGACCUGUGCUCAGGGGGUUGUGGGCACCCAGAGGAAGGAACCCCUCCCUCCCCUGCUCAGUGCUCACCUACGUCUUAGUGGCAUCGACAGGUCAAUGGCCAGCAAGGAGGGGGGUCCGAGCCGGCGGCGGCAGUGGUGGCAGCGGGAGACAAAUGGAAACCUCCACAGCAGGGGACGGACUCCAUCAAGAUGGAGAACGGGCAGAGCACAGCCGCGAAGCUGGGACUGCCUCCUCUGACGCCCGAGCAGCAGGAGGCCCUCCAGAAGGCCAAGAAGUACGCCAUGGAGCAGAGCAUCAAGAGCGUGCUGGUGAAGCAGACCAUCGCGCACCAGCAGCAGCAGCUUACCAACCUGCAGAUGGCAGCAGUGACAAUGGGCUUUGGAGAUCCUCUCUCACCUUUGCAAUCGAUGGCAGCUCAGCGGCAACGGGCACUGGCCAUCAUGUGCCGGGUCUACGUGGGUUCCAUCUACUAUGAGCUUGGGGAGGACACCAUUCGCCAGGCUUUUGCUCCCUUUGGACCCAUCAAGAGCAUUGACAUGUCCUGGGACUCUGUCACCAUGAAGCACAAGGGCUUUGCCUUUGUGGAGUAUGAGGUCCCAGAAGCCGCACAGCUCGCCUUGGAGCAGAUGAACUCGGUGAUGCUAGGAGGCAGGAACAUUAAGGUGGGCAGACCCAGCAACAUAGGGCAGGCCCAGCCUAUCAUAGACCAGCUGGCUGAGGAGGCACGAGCUUUCAACCGCAUCUAUGUGGCUUCUGUGCACCAGGACCUUUCAGAUGAUGACAUCAAGAGUGUAUUUGAGGCCUUCGGCAAGAUCAAAUCUUGCACGCUCGCCCGGGACCCUACAACUGGCAAGCACAAAGGUUACGGUUUCAUUGAGUACGAAAAGGCUCAGUCGUCCCAGGAUGCCGUGUCUUCCAUGAACCUGUUUGACCUGGGUGGCCAGUACUUGCGAGUGGGCAAGGCUGUCACCCCCCCAAUGCCCCUGCUUACACCUGCCACACCUGGAGGCCUCCCACCUGCUGCUGCUGUGGCUGCAGCUGCAGCCACAGCCAAGAUCACAGCUCAGGAAGCAGUGGCUGGAGCAGCGGUGCUGGGUACCCUGGCCACGCCUGGACUGGUAUCCCCUGCACUGACUCUGGCCCAGCCUCUGGGGGCUUUGCCCCAGGCUGUCAUGGCUGCCCAGGCCCCAGGAGUCAUCACAGGUGUGACCCCAGCCCGGCCUCCCAUUCCGGUCACCAUCCCCUCUGUGGGAGUGGUAAACCCCAUCCUGGCCAGCCCUCCAACGCUGGGUCUCCUGGAGCCCAAGAAGGAGAAGGAGGAGGAGGAGCUGUUUCCCGAGUCAGAGCGGCCAGAGAUGCUGAGUGAGCAGGAGCACAUGAGCAUCUCGGGCAGCAGCGCCCGCCACAUGGUGAUGCAGAAGCUGCUCCGCAAACAGGAGUCCACAGUGAUGGUUCUGCGUAACAUGGUGGACCCCAAGGACAUCGACGAUGACCUGGAGGGGGAGGUGACCGAGGAGUGUGGCAAGUUUGGUGCUGUCAACCGCGUCAUCAUCUACCAGGAGAAGCAGGGCGAGGAGGAGGAUGCGGAGAUCAUUGUCAAGAUUUUUGUGGAGUUUUCCAUAGCCUCCGAGACUCACAAGGCUAUCCAGGCCCUCAACGGGCGCUGGUUUGCUGGCCGCAAGGUGGUGGCUGAAGUGUACGACCAGGAGCGUUUUGAUAACAGUGACCUUUCUGCGUGA